UUCCCCAAAUCCUCAGAUCCGCCUCCUCCUCCAGCACCUCCUCCCGGGCCUUCCUUCCCCCCCUCGCGCUGCGCCUUCACAACCAAGCCCUCCCCUCCCCUGGAUCCAGAUCCGCCGCCGCCACCUCCUGCUCCAGCUGCCGCCCCUCCUCCACCACCACCGCGUGCGAGGGCCAGCAGGGCGGCGUCGGCGGCAUGGGGCGGGACGGCGGCGGCAUGUCGGAGUCGGUGCUCCGGAAGGUGCUCCUCUCCUACUGCUACGUUGCGGUGUGGAUCUUCCUCUCCUUCUCCGUCAUCGUCUACAACAAGUACAUCCUCGACCCCAAGAUGUACAACUGGCCCUUCCCCAUCUCGCUCACCAUGGUGCACAUGGCCUUCUGCUCCUCCCUCGCCGUCGCGCUCGUCCGCGUCCUCCGCGUCGUCGACCUCCCCACCUCCCCCGCCAUGACGCCGCAGCUCUACACCUCCUCCGUCGUCCCCAUCGGCGCGCUCUACGCUAUGUCCCUCUGGUUCUCCAACUCCGCCUACAUCUACCUCUCCGUGUCCUUCAUCCAGAUGCUUAAGGCGCUCAUGCCCGUCGCCGUAUACUCCAUCGGGGUGCUCUUCAAGAAGGAGACCUUCCGGUCCUCCUCCAUGCUCAACAUGCUCUCCAUCUCCUUUGGAGUCGCCAUCGCCGCCUACGGCGAGGCGCGCUUCGACUUGCGCGGCGUCGCGCUGCAGCUCGCCGCCGUCGCCUUCGAGGCCACGCGGCUCGUGCUCAUCCAGAUCCUGCUCACCUCCAAGGGCAUCUCGCUCAACCCCAUCACCUCGCUCUACUACGUCGCGCCGUGCUGCCUCUGCUUCCUUGUCGUGCCCUGGGCUUUCGUCGAGCUGCCCAGGCUGCGCGCCGUGGGCACAUUCCAGCCUGAUUUCUUCGUCUUUGGAACCAACUCGCUCUGCGCCUUUGCUCUCAACCUCGCUGUCUUCCUGCUUGUCGGCAAGACCUCAGCGCUGACCAUGAACGUCGCUGGAGUAGUCAAGGACUGGCUGCUGAUUGCCUUCUCGUGGUCCGUGAUCCGGGACACGGUCACCCCGAUCAACCUGUUUGGCUACGGGAUUGCAUUCCUGGGGGUGGCAUACUACAACCACGUCAAGCUGCAAGCGCUUAAGGCCAAGGAGGCGCAGAAGAAGGCCACGCAGGCUGACGAGGAGGCUGGUUCGUUGUUGCAGGAGCGCGAUGGGCAUGUUGAUCGCAAGAGUGACAACCAGGCUUAGAGUGCCAGAUCUGAUACUGGCUUCCCCAUAUUGGGGAUCUGGUGCAAGGUGCUAAGACUGUAGUUUGGUCUACGGUUGCUUUCAAGGAGGUGUAUGGCAGUUUCUUGCACUCCUUUUAACUUUAGAUGGAUCUGAAGAGCAAAUCACAAGUAUUUAUUGGGAUUAGGGAUUAUGCACCUGCUUCCUGGAGAGCUUUACCCUGUUUCUAUUUAGCUGUUUUUGUUCCACAGAAAGGCACGCCUUGCUACCCCUCUCUUGCCCAUUGCCUAAAUUUAUUUGUUCUAGUAGCUUAGGGACUAAAGAUGUACUGCUGCAGAUUGGUAAUUUGGUGGUUAUUUUCUAUAUAUAAUGAUGUUACUGUAAUCUA